UCCGACUGUUCGCGCUAGCGUCUGUCAGCUGAUCGCUCCUAGACCUCUCCUACUACAGUUAGGUAUACAACGUUAUCAGAAACCCGCUGACCUCAGAAAGUACGUGUUUCACGUGUGGCUUUCACUCUCAAGAUGCGGCUUGUGAUUUUAGAGAACUAUGACUCCGUGUCCCAGUGGGCUGCCAAGUAUGUCCGGAGGAGAAUACUGGACUUCAAACCUGGACCCGAUAAAUACUUUACCCUUGGACUGCCAACAGGAAGUACUCCACUUGGUAUGUACAGGGCCCUGAUAGAGUUUCAUAAAGCUGGUAAACUCUCCUUCAAAUAUGUCAAGACUUUUAACAUGGAUGAAUAUGUAGGCCUUCCGAGAGAUCAUGCUGAGAGCUAUCAUUCCUUUAUGUGGAACAACUUCUUCAAGCAUAUUGACAUUGUGCCAGAGAAUGCUCACAUCUUGGAUGGAAAUGCCGCAGACUUGGAAGUUGAAUGUGACAGGUUUGAGGCUGAGAUCACAAAAGCAGGAGGAAUUGAACUCUUCAUUGGAGGUAUUGGCCCUGAUGGCCACAUCGCCUUCAAUGAGCCAGGGUCGAGUCUGGUGUCCCGCACCAGAGUGAAGACCCUCAACCAGGACACCAUAUUGGCCAACGCCCGUUUCUUUGAUGGCGAUAUGUCCAAGGUUCCUACAGAGGCUCUCACAGUAGGCGUGGGGACUGUGAUGGAUGCAAAAGAGGUAAUGAUUCUCAUCACUGGAGCUCACAAGGCACUAGCCCUGAGCAAGGCCAUUGAGGAAGGUGUGAACCACAUGUGGACAGUAUCAGCAUUCCAACAACAUCCCAAAACCAUGUUCCUCUGUGAUGAACCAGCCACGUUGGAACUUCGAGUGAAGACGGUCAAAUACUUUAAUGGACUUAUGCAUGUUCAUGACAAGCUUGUUGCUGAGCCCGAAUAAAAGAGGCAAAGUUGAGAGAGAUAUAAAAUUAGUUCUUACUGAUUACAUGACAGAGAAAAUAUGUAUUUGAACUGAUUUUUAUUUUUGAACAUGCUGAAUGAAUUGGGAAUAUAUUCCAGCUAAUUAUUAGCAUCAUAUUGCAGAGAACAGCAGUUUAAAACAAUUGAAAUAUGAAACCAUGUGUUUAUGAUGUAUGUAAAUGAAGGAGAAUUUCAUCUGAAUAUAUUCCAAUAAACAGGAGGAUCGUUAAACUGUAUAUCAAAAUUUCAGUAACAUGCUUGGGUUUAUUCCAAGGUUUUGUUUUGAAAGAGAAUGAUAACAUUUUAUAUGACAUUUGCUCAAAAGUUUUACUAUUACUCAAAUAAAUGAUGGGGCCUCGAUUAAAUGCCAUACAGUUUUUAUGCAAGGAAUUCACCUCCUUAUUCUUUGUUAUUAAAUUCUAAGGUAAUGCCUGUGUGAAAGAAAUAUGUGCCUGGGGAUUUAAUCGAGGAAAAAUGGUAAGUAUUAUGAUGUACAUAGGUAUUUUCCAGAGACACUUUUGCAUAUCUGAGUGCCAGAGUUUAAUGUCAAUUGUUACUCUUUUAGUUUCAUACAAGUAUGAUCUUGUUUCACAUAUAUUUUUCAUCAGUUAUGGGUCUGACAAUUCUUGUAAUCUCAAAUCAGCUUCCUCUAUUCAUCAAGGUUAAGGGUUGUAAGCCGUAAGUUCACAAUUUACACUAAGUUCACAAUUUGAAAACAUCACAUUUCUAUUU